UUAGUGGUGGAUAAUGGAUUUUGCAGGCAUAUAUGGGCUGGCCCAGCAGAUGCCACUCGGGACUGGGCGCUGGGGCUGUUUACGACGGAAUUCACAUAUACGCUGAGCCUGGUGUUUAUCAAGUGGUCGAUUCUCGCUUUCUACUGGCGCAUCUUUAGCAUCCAGUUUCUCGACAAGUUGUUCCUUUGGAUCCUGGCCGGGAUGGUCGCUUGCUGGGGAGUUGCUGCUAUCCUCACUUCAAUCUUUCAGUGUGUCCCGAUACCCGCCCUCUGGCAGCAGUUCGACCCGGUCCAUCCCACCGACCCGGACACGUUCACAUGCGGCGUCGACAUUCACAAGCUCUUUAUUGGUAAAGCCGUCCCUCACAUUGUCACAGACGCGCUCAUCUUGAUCUUCCCGCUGCCGUAUAUAUGGCAUCUGCACCUACGCGUAUCGCAAAAGAUUGCUACUGCUUGCAUCUUUCUCGUGGGGAUAUUUGUCAGCAUUGUUUCGAUUGUUCGAUUCGUGUUUGUGCUGGAGGUGGAUUUGGAGAGUCCGGACGUGACGUGGGAUCAAUGCUCGGAGAUGACAUGGACGGGCAUUGAAAUAUACAUUGGGACCGUUUGUGGU